GUCCAAACUCCAUACCGGUGGAGAAACCAAGGACUUCAACUCGCCGGAAAAUGACCUCGUACGGCACAAUCCCGACAUCGUCACCGGUGGGAGGCGGCACGAACCUCGAGUACAUCUCCCGAGCAAAAGCCCGCCUCAAAGCUGGCCUCGCGACACGCCGGCCAUGGAGACAGAUGUUCAACCUCCCCUCCAUCACCCUCCCUUCUCACUUCACAAACUGCUUUCCGCGCAUCCGAAUAAACCUCCCCUACUUCCGCAUGAACUACGCCAUCAUAAUCCUCCUUAUACUCUUCCUCAGCCUCUUGUGGCACCCUAUCUCUCUCUUGGUCUUCGUGUUCAUGAUGGCCGCCUGGACCUUCUUCUACUUCCUCCGCGAUGAGCCGCUCGUGGUUUUCAACCGGACGAUCGGGGAUAAGGUGGUUUUGGUCAUGCUGUCGGUCUUGACGAUCGCUUUGCUGCUGUUGACCCACGCGACGGUGGAGAUACUGAGUGCGGUUUUGGUUGGGGCUGUGGUUGUGGUGGUUCAUGCUGCGGUUAGGAGGACUGAUGACUUGGUUAUGGAUGAAGAGGUUGGUGGUGGUGGCGGCGGUGUUGCCGUGUUUCCCGGCGUCGCGUCUUCUUCUUCUUCUUAGCCACUACUUGUUAAUUAACUUUGCAGGACGGAGGGAGUGGUAAUUUUCGUUGAAUUGAAGUGUUUUCAUUCUUUCGGUAUGUCAUCUUGUAUGGGCUCGAGCAAGUGUGUCUCUUUUGCAUGUUAUUUUUCUUUCCAUUGUGCCGUGGUAGCUUCUGAGAAGCUAAGAUUGCUCCCAAAUCUAUCCUUUGUUAUUUUCCAGUUGUAUUGUUUCAACAAGAAUAUUCAAUGGCAGAUAAAAUUCAAACCCAGUUUUUGUUAAUGACUUAAUGUAAGGAGUCUAUCCUUCGUUUUUUUCGCCAAGGUUUUUCCCCCUAUUUUCAAAAUUCUAUCCCGUUGUCUCUACGAAUUGUUGUUUAAAUUAAUGUAUUUCGAGAAUUCUAUGUAUGGGAAUUCUCUCCCAGUACAAGAUCGCAGGCAGCCUUUCAAAGGAGAGAUCAUUUAGUAUCCCUAGGCGGUGCCCUAGCUCUUCCUCCAUCACACAUUGAUAUGAGGUUCAUACACUUUGUCUUGAACC